UGAUAGAGGAGGGUUGUUGUUUGGUUGCUUUUAUUUUUGUUUUUUUUUUUCUGUAAACACACCGAAAAAAAAGAUGUCUAACAAACAAACAUCCACAUCUACUACAAUAUUUCAGCCACAACAGCAGACACCACGAGCGCAAGAUCAACGUAUAACAUUAAUACGUAAUGUUCGUAAACAUCCUCGACUGUACAAAAGUGAAUUUUUGCAUACGCCAUUUCUACAUCGUCAUGAAAAACAACAAAUAUGGGAUAGAAUUGCCCAAGAUUCGGGAUUUGAAAAAACCGAAGAUGCCAAAUGUAAAUGGCGUUCCUUAAUCAAUUAUCUGCGACAGCAUCUAGAUAGUGUGACACAAAAAAAAUUACGACGUUAUAUACCAGUCACCGAAAAUCCCGAAGAUAAAUAUGUACAAUUAACCGAUUGGUCUUUCUAUAAUGAGCUGGAAUUUGUGGUGCCAUAUGUAAAAUUUGCUGCCAGUAAACAAAAUAAUAGUGGAGCAGGAAAUCAGAUAGAAAUAUCAGCCAAUGAAAUAGAUUUAAUUUUAGAGGGAAUAGAAGCCGAAGUCGAUAAAAGAAAUGAAGAACAGAGGCAGCAAUUAACUGAAAAUGAUUUUGCUAUACAAGUGCAACAGGAACUAGCUAAGGAAGAAGAACAAAUAGAACAACCGCCAUCUAAUGGAGAUAAUAAGUUAAUGUUAUUAACUAAUAAUGAUAAUGAUUUAACAGGUGAUGAUGAUGAUGACGAUGUAAUAUUGAAAGAAUAUUUUGAAAAUAUGUUAAAGUCUACUUUAAAACUGCCACGAUUUCAUCAGAAUCGUAUACGGGAAAAAUUAUUAAAUUGUGUAAAUGAACAAAAGGAUAUGAAUAAAAUUAAUUAGAUCUCUAUCUGUUUAUUUUCACAUAAAUAAAACUUUUUUUUAUACUUAAA